GUCAGAGUAUUUCAACAGUCAGGCAUACAAAGAGCUAAAACAAACUUUAAAAGGGCGAAGGAGCGGCGAAUGUUCGAUUCCACUCCAGGCGUUUAUACAAGCAGGAUUAAGGUCAGAUCUUCAAACCAUUUCCGGUACAGGUCAAAACUGUCAGGGGGUGAGAACUACUUGUAACGCAGCAAGCCUAGCACUUUAUGUUUCAGCUCCCUACUGUCUUCGGGAUGAUGAGAUGGUUUCCUAUCUAGGAACGAUGGGUGGGGUUCCUCUCCUCGCUUCCAGUCCUGGGGUAUCUACCCACCGAGAAAGCAGCCUACAGAGGGCGCUCAAAACAUCCCAAACUCACAGACCGCACCUCCCCGACAGAACAGCCCAACAGCGAAAGGCUGGGAAGAGCGACGACGCUCUGCGCAUGUGCGCUCUCCGGGGGUCGAAACUCGGACAGGCGCUGUUUACCAAGUUGCGUCUUCCAGAGGGCGGCGCAUGCGCAAGCUCAGUUUCUGGGCGCUGUGCGUCUCUUGUAGGUCGGCGCGGGGCGCAGGGGCCGUCGGGAAGAUGGCGAGGGUGGGUCUGCCCUCUUGGGUACCUUGUCGCAAGUGGGGCUGGAUGGCCGUCUCCUUCGGCUUCCACCGUGGGCUCAGCACGUUACUUGCACCGAAGGCCGAGCGGGCGCCACGGUGGCUCCCAGCUUGCAGACAAAAGACAUCAAUCUCUUUCCUUAGUCGACCAGACCUUCCAAACCUGGCUUAUAAGAGACUAAAAGGCAAAAGUCCAGGAAUUAUCUUCAUCCCUGGCUAUAUGUCUAAUAUGAAUGGUACAAAAGCAUUGGCGAUUGAGGAGUUUUGCAAAUCUCUAGGUCACGCCUAUAUAAGGUUUGAUUACUCAGGAGUUGGAAAUUCAGAUGGUAACUUAGAAGAAUGCACAGUGGGAAAAUGGAGAAAAGAUGUUCUUUCUAUAAUUGAUGACUUAGCUGAAGGACCACAGAUACUAGUUGGAUCUAGCCUCGGUGGAUGGCUUAUGCUUCAUGCUGCAAUCGCACGGCCACAAAAGGUUGUUGCUCUUAUUGGUGUAGCGACAGCUGUGGAUAGCCUAGUGACACAGUUUAAUCAGCUUCCUGUUGAGGGCUCUAAAUUUCACUUGUGGGACUAAGACCCUAGCAGAAAGAAAAACAGUCGGAGCAGUGGUUCAGAAAGUGCAGGCCCGAGGCCAGCAGCAACAGCAUCACCUGAGAACUUGUAGAAAUGGAUAUUCUUGAGCUUCACCAAGACCAGCUGAAUCAGAAACUGGGAGUGGGGCCCAGUAAUCUGUUUUAACCAAGCCCGCAGGGGAAGUGUGAGAACCACUGCUCUACAGAGUGGGGGAGCAGGAGGGGGAGGAAAAGCAAAAGAAAAAAAGCCUGUGUGGUGUUGAAUGGUGGAAUGUCAUUGAAUUUGCCUCAAGUUCGGCAUUGAAUUCAGUGCCAUGUACUCUCUGUUCUGUUUAUUCUUAGUUCACAUUGUUCUUUCCAUUUCCUUAAGAAUGGCAUUGUCUGCAUAGUCAGGUUCUUCAUAUGAUUUCCUAUCAGAGCUGAAAUUACAAAGCUGAUCUUCUUUGCACUUACCUCCUGUUUCUGAAUUGUUUUCACGUUCUUGAUUGUUUCUUAUACAUGGUUGCUCCAUGUCCUCAUGCUGCUAAUUUUUCCUACCAUUGUAUCCUUCUGCAUGUAAACCUUGGACCCCUUACUCUGUUCUCUAACUCAGUCAUGCAGUGCUUCUCAUGAUAGGAAAUUAUUUCAAGAAGAUGGCCUACUGGAAAAGAAUUGAUUAAACAAUUUUGGGAGGUUAUUGGUAAAUGACAAGAUCUGUGUACAUUUAUUUUUAUGUGUGUGUAUCCGUCACUCAGAGGGAAGAUAUGGUAGAUACCCUGUAAGUGACUGAGAAGAUCUAUAGCCUGCAAAUCAGGGUACAUCUUUGCUAAUCCUAAAUCAGACCAGCAAAAAUCCUUAAACAGAAACAUGUUGACCCUUAUUAACUUAAAAGCAUGUGUAAAGAAAGAGCAGAGACACUAGGACCACUAUCUCUUCUUCUCCACAUAGACAGCCAGUACUAGCAGUGUCAAGGGAAUGGAGGUGGAGGUUUUUACUGUCUUCUUUAGCCCUGGGAAUGUUAAGACCCAGCAUUACUCAUUAUGUAGGAACUUGACUUACCUCUUAACUAACUCUAAUCAUUGUCUGCUUCUUUGGACAGUAGAGGGCGUCAGGCAGGUUGCACAGCUGUUGGAGUCUAAGCUUCACAGCCACAUUGCCUUGUUAGUUUCUUCUUGGUGUAGAAAUUAUGUAUAUUGUACAUUUUCUCUGAUUAAUACUGUUUUUGCUAUUUCUGUACUUUCUGAGGCUUUGGGACAUAUAAGAUUUUGUUAAGUUUGUUCUUCAAAUGGACAAUAUUCAUUCAACUCAAUAGCAGAUAACAGAGCUAGUUGGGGUGGGCAAUGAUGCUUAAAAUACAACUAUUAUUAAUUAUGUCUCAGUAAUUAACAUAGUUCCCACUUCAUCUAAUAAUCAAUGAGACUAAGUUCUUAUUACUGAAAUUACCAAUUCAGGAACAGUCAUGAGUAGCUUGAAGGUAACAGAAUAUCAUUUUUACUUUAAAUAUUUGAUUCAUAUGUUGCUUUAAUGCAAAGUACCCCAUGAUACUAAUAUAGGUUCAUAUAUUUUAUAGUUUUUUUAGGCUUCCACUAAUUUUAAAUCAUUUGGAUAUAGAUAUUUAGAAGUCUAGGUUUCAGAUAUACAGCUUUUACACUGAAUCAAAUCUUUUUGGAAUUUUAUAAAAGACAUUAAAAUUCCUAAGUACACAGAUUAUAUCAUACAUAUUUUACUGUUUAAAUUCAUUUUUGCCUCUUUGUAUUUGUAAUAAGUCAACAAUUUUAAAUGUGGAAAAAUCAUAAUGUUUUCAUUGAAAAUUUAAAUACAAAAUUUUUGAAAUAUGUUGUAUGUAGCUUUUCUUUCCUUAUAUUUUUCUUUAUUUUUGAUAAGAUGUCCAUCUGUUUUUCUAGACAGAAAUGCCCUUCAUAUUAUAUGGUUGCAAGAGGCUUAAAGCUAUUUACAUCUUGAUUUACUAGUUCAAGUUGUGAUAAUCUUUCCAAAGAAUUUAUUAUAUGCAUAUAAACCUUUAUGUUCAAAGAUGUUCAUGGAAGUAUUCAGCAGUGUGGGAAUGGUCAAGUUAAUUAUCUUAGAUGCAUUAUAGUGGACAAUUAUGCAGCCUUUAAAAACUUUUAAUAGAAUCUUUUAAAACCCAGAAAUAUAUAUAUUGAAUAAAUAAACCAGCGCUGAAAACUGUAUAUGAAUUGUAAUAGCUAAGUGUUUUACAUAUUGUAUAUAUAAAAACCAAACACAUAUAGAAAAAUACUGGAAGGAAAUAAGCCAGAAUAAUAAUGGUUGUUAUAUCCACGAAAUAGGAUUAUGGUGAUUUAUUUAUUUUUAUGCUUUUUUUUUUUUAAAAAAAGGUAGAGUUUUUUGGUUUUGUUUUUAAUAAAUUUAUUUAUUUAUUUAUUUUUGGCUGCGUUGGGUCUUCAUUGCUGUGUACCGGCUUUCUCUAGUUGCGGCGAACGGGGUCUGCUCUUCCCUGCAGUGCGUAGGCUUCUCAUUGUUGUGGCUUCUCAUUGCGGAGCACGGGCUCUAGGGCGCACGGGCUUAGUUGCUCCGCGGCACGUGGGAUCUUCCCGGACCAGGGCUCAAACCGGUGUCUCCUGAACUGGCAGGCAGAUUCUUAACCACUGCGCCACCAAGGAAGCCCUGUUUUGUUUUUUAUUUAUUUAAUUUAUUUUUGGCUGCGUUGGGUCUCGUGUGAGCUUUCUCUAGUUAAGGCGAGUGGGGGCUACUCUUCUUGCAGCGUGUGUGCUUCUCAUUGCCAUGGCUUCUCUUGUUGCGGAGCACAGGCUCUAGGCAUGUGGGCUUCAGUAGUUGUGGCACGAGGGCUCAGUAGUUGUGGCUCAUGGGCUCUAGAGCAUAGGCUCAGUAGUUGUGGCACACGGGAUUAGUUACUCCGCGGCAUGUGAGAUCUUCCUGGACCAGGGCUUGAACCCGUGUCCCCUGCAUUGGCAGGCGGAUUCUUAACCACUGCACCACCAGGGAAGUCCCUUUUUAUGCUUUUUAUAUUUUCCACGUUUCUAUAAUGAGUAUAUGUUACUUUAACUAGAAAAAUUGUUUAAGACAAAUUAUAAUGUAAAAAAUAGAAAUUCUUCAAGAAUCAAAGAAUACCCAGCGUUUUAUUUUAAGGGUAGAAAUGAUACCAUGCUCAGUUUUCAGGAAGUAUUUGGAAGACUUCUUUGUCAUCCACAACAACAAACAAAUUUUUUCUCAUUCCAUAGAACUCUAAAAGGCAAAAACUACAUUUUUUUAAUAUUCAGGAUAAAAUUGGGUGUGUAUGGUUGCCCCAGAAUAACCACUGUCUUACUUUUCUUUUUUAGCACUAUGCUUUCUUCUUCUCCUUCUCCCACCCCAUCCCCAUUUUACUAACUUCUCGUAUAUGCACUUUUAGUUUCAUGAUUUUUAAAUGUAAACAAUUUUUAUUCCCAAGAUUUGGUUUUAUGUAAUAUGAAUGCCACCUGUACUGAUUCCAAGAAAUUAUUGUACUUUUCUCCCCUUCAUUUUCCCUUUCAAGUUGGAAUGAAGCAAUACCUGAUUUUUAAGAUAUUACACGUUAAAGUUAGUUAAAUCUGUUUGAAUCCUAGUUACAGCAGUUAACUACCUUUCAACUUUAAACAUAUGUAUUACUCUAACUUUAAUAUCCUCUUUUGUAAAAAUGAAAUAAGAACAGAUAGUAUCAGGAUCAUAUGAGAUACUAUGUGGAAAAUACUUGUCACAGCUCCUCGCACAUAGUAAUUAAUUACUGAUAAUUAUCAUCGUUAUAUUUUUAUCUGUUUUCCCCUUCUUCAAAGACUGCUUUUCUUGAAUUAAGACUAUUGUAUGUGUUAAUGUUGCAUAAAUACUUUUGUUUUCCUCAUUUUUCC